AUGUCUGCUGGUCUGUCAUAUCUUCAGAAGCUCCGGAAGAGCGAUCUCACCGAGCUCGCUGAGACAAGCAACUUAAAAGACUAUGCUCCAAUGCGCAAGUCCGAACUUGAAGUCGCCCUCGACCACCACUUGCGCGCGAACCAAACCAAGUAUCACGAUGAUCCGUCUCUCAGCGACUACUACAAGCGCUUGGGGCCUGCGUCGCCGACGAAGAGAGUUAUAUCUACAGUGAAAUCGGAAGCCCCAGAGAAGAAGGCUGUUCGGAAAAAAUCAAGGAGUACUGAAGAGACAGGCUCGACCUCCGAUCGAGAACCAUCUCUCACAAACCAAAUCACCUCGAUGGUCAAAACCCCGCGCCGAAGCUCCUUAUCCAUCCCUUCCAGCGUCCCGUUGCCGCCUUCACCUGCAGCUGUCACAGAUGCGAUUGACCGACAGACCGCAAGAAUUCGCAAGCGAGUUGCAGGGCUGUACUCCGAGUCAGGCAUCCAUGAAACCAGCGAAAGUUUUCGCCAUCUUCUCAGUAGCCCACUUGCCAUUAACAUCAUCGCGCUCAUCCUGGAGGGCUAUGGUCUGCGCCAGAAAAUCCUCCAGAGCGGAAUCAUCGGCUUUGUUCCCGCUGUACCAUACUUCACCGACAGCAAGACACCUGUGUACCUCCCGAAUCUUUUUCUUCUGCUGGACAAGCCGUUCUGGGCACCCUUCAGUCUCUGGGUCACCACUUCAUUGCUACUGCCUCUACUAUGCGCGUAUUUCAUUAACAUACCCUUGAAGGCGAGCUUGAAACACCACUAUGGGACACGUCGCGCAACAAGUUUUCAAACAGCUCCUUCAAACCAGUUCGAUCCUCUAGUCUACAAUAUCGCAAAGGCCCUCAUCGCAUACAUCGUGUACGCGCAGCAUUCCACUCUUCUGGGACUUUUUACCUCGGACACGAUAGAAACUGUGACGAACAACGUUGUAGGCGGUUAUCAAGGGAUGAUUACAGGAGCAAUUAUCGCUGGGAUUAUGGCAUUGUAUGAGGCGAUCCUAAAGAGACAAUGA